AUACACGCUAGGAAAUCAUCGGACCUGCGUAAACAAUUCGGCGGGGACAGCUGACGGGGAAGCUGGGGACUAAUUGGCGUUUGCGACGGUGUCAUUUCACAUCCGCCUGAGAAUGAGACGAUUUGACGCAUGUAGUGCGGAUCUCUCUAGAUGGCAGGGGGGGACGUCGCCUACACACUUUGAGCGUUGGCCAUUUCACUUUGGGGGGGGGGUCGUUAGCUAACGUUAGCCCCGUGUGCACCGAGCGCUACGCCGACAGCAAUGCGUGCAGAGACAGACAACUUGCAUCGCUUCGGCUGCCGAUGGCUUCAGUGUGAGUCACGUUAACGCUGCUGGUAGUUGGGAUCGGCCAGCUCUCGGGCUACAUGCUAAUCGACUUCACAUGGCUGGACAGAGGAAAUGAGGACAGGCGACGGGAGCGUUCGUCGUGUCUGGUUCUCUCAUCGCAUCAUCUAUUUUACCGUGUGCGACGCGCGGCUUCAGUGACAAGAGGAGUCGCAGCUAUUAGCCAGAAGCCCCCACUCAGCUCGGAGACUCACCGAGUUCAGUUGCUGCGCUUCUCUUUUCUUUUUUCUUCUUUUUUUCAGAUGAGAGACAGCCUGACGGGGGCGUGGGCGGCGGACGGAGGGAGACCUGGCCAGCCGAAUAUCAGUCAAUGUCCAGGCGCAUAUUGUUCCGUACAGUAGCGGCAGGUGGCGCUGAAUCCCCCGGGGCUCAGUUGUAACAGACGUGAAGCUCAAGCAACGAAAAAGAAGGCAGGGCAGCACGAUGACGUCACACGGUUCAGUCACCGGCGCGCCGCGCGGAAGAAGAGAAGAAGCGGCGGCGUGAGUGCACUAUCGUCUCAUUGGGAAACACGCUCCUUUGUGAGUCAGUAUGGCCUCGGAUGACAUCGCACAGCUGGCCGAUGCUCUCUCCAAGACCCAUGUUGGGGAUGGAGAGUUGAGCUACAAGGGCCUGGGACUGAAGCUGGACAGCGCAGAGUCAGUGGAGGAGCUGGUCCGUGAGAUAGAGCAGUACCAGGGUCUGAGAGCCUUGCGCCUGGAGGGGAACACUGUCGGUGUGGAGGCAGCCCGAGCCAUCGCCAAGGCUUUGGAGAGCAAAGACCUUCUCCAGAGAUGCUAUUGGAGCGACAUGUUUACCGGAAGGCUGCGCUCUGAAAUCCCCACAGCUCUGAGGUGUCUGGGCAGUGCGUUAAUAAGCGCAGGCGCCAGGCUUACUGAGUUGGACCUGAGCGACAACGCCUUUGGCCCGGAUGGUGUGAAGGGAAUCGAGCAGCUGUUGAAGAGCCCUUCCUGCUUCACCCUCAGGGAGCUAAGGCUCAACAACUGUGGCCUGGGGAUCGGAGGGGGAAAGGUCUUGGCCGAAGCUUUGAUUGAUUGCCACAGGCAAUCAUCAGCACACGGAGCUCCGCUCAAACUGAGAGUGUUCAUCGCAGGGAGGAACCGCCUGGAAAAUGAAGGAGCCGGUGCACUGGCCAAGGCCUUUCAGCUGAUGGGCAGCCUGGAAGAAGUCCACAUGCCCCAGAACGGUAUCAACCAUACUGGUGUGACGGCGUUAGCUUCAGCCAUGCGACACAACCCAGAGCUCUGCGUCCUCAACUUCAAUGACAACAGCUUCACGAAGAAGGGAACACUAGCCAUGGCUCAGGCUCUGAGACAUCUGAGAAACGUCCAGGUGAUCAACUUUGGUGACUGUCUGGUUCGCUCUGAAGGAGCCAUCGCCCUCGCUGCAGUCUUGAGGGAGGGGCUGCCGAUCCUCAAGGAGCUGAAUUUGUCGUUUGGUGAGAUCACGGAGGCGGCGGCGCUGGUGAUGGCUCAGGCUGUAAUGGACAAACCUCACAUGGAGAAAGUGGACCUGAACGGUAACUGUCUGGGAGAGGAAGGCUGUGAGGCUUUGAGAGAGGCUAUGGAGAACAUGGAUAAAGGAAACAUGCUGGCAUCACUCAGCGAUGAUGAGGGAGAACCUGAAGAGGAGGAUGAUGACGAUGAUGAUGAUGAUGAUGACAACGACGACGACGAUAAUAAUAAUGAUGAUGAGGAGGAGGUUGAUGAUGGUAAUGUGAGUGACGACUGUGACGAAGACAGUGAGGAUGAUAUAGGAAUCGUCAAGCAAAAUGGAGUGACGAGAAAAGACGACAGUCCUGCCAAACUCCAGAGCCCAGCAGAGAUCAUGUCCUUCCUCAGCUGCCCCUCUGUUGAGAAGCUUCUUCAGCUCGGAGAGAUGAGGACAAACCUGCUGCAACAGGUUGAUGCGUCCGACCCACACAAGGCUGCUGAUGUCCUUCUGAAAAUUGCUUCUUUGUACAACGAGGAACCAGAGACCAAGACAGCUGUGCUAGAAACCAUUGAUGAUGUGUUGAAAAAGCUCCUCUCUGGUUCAGCCCUCCACUCUUACUGCUUCCUGUCCACGCUGCUGGUCAUGAUGGGACUUCUCAAGGGAGAGGGGAAGAUAAAAAAGGUGUCAUUGGUCCCAGGCCAGCUGUUGUGUUUGGAACACGCCGUCCAGCAGAAUUACUUCGCCCAGCACCACGCCUUGCUGCUUCACAACUUCAUGUCCAAGGACAGUGACGCUCUCAAGUCCUGCAGUGCUGCCAGAGAGAGUCUGAGCUCUGUUCUGGAGAAGAGACACCACGAGCAACACUGAUCCCACCAAUCAGUCACACACCACACCAAACAACACCACACACACACACACACUGCACACACAUUUUUUUUCAUCAACAAAACCAGCAGGGAUGCUUUUACACCUGAACAAGGGACUCUGACAACCACUCUUCUCUUUUUUUGUAUAUUUUAUGAAGGCAUGACAAAGACUAUCCAGAAUCUCUUAAUUUUUUAUUUUUCUACUUAUGUUUGCGACUUAUUUUUCUAGAAAAUGUAGAUACAAGUAAAAAAAAAUAGACUACACAUCAGGUAACCGUGGGGUUAAAUGUGUAAAUAAAAAAGGAAAGUGGUCAUAACCAUGAGUGGCGCUAACAUUAGAUGAUUUCAAUCUGAAACGUAUUCGUUUUACAUUGAGUUUCAAAACUCAAUUAAACGACUGCUGAACAAUGCAUCUAGAUCGGGAAAUAACUGGAUUAACAGGUUAUGGUUAUAUUCCAGUUAAAUAUGAACAUUUUUGGCAUUUGAUCUUUUCAACACAACUACAAAUUUGCUGUGGUUUUAAACUUGUAUCUAACACACACUGAUAUUUGUUACACUGAAAAUGUAGUUAUGCGUGAGUGCUGAGACUCAGACGGUAAGGCCAAGACAACUGUACAUGUAAAUCAUACUGAACAAGAACUACAGCUACAAUCUAUAAAUCUAGCUGACUUUAUUGGUCCGUUUCUGUGCUGAGCUGCUUAACUUGCUGUUAUGUUUGUUUUGUUCUUUUGUCAACGCUUAUUCAAAAACAUUCCAUGGUGAGGUGAAAGAACUUUGAGGGCAGCCUGUGCCAUCACAAUCACCAUACUGCUGCUCACAAGGUCCGGUCAAGUCGGAGUACUGUGUGCAUCAGACUGUAAUGAGGAAUGGGCCGCCGCCGCACACACGCACGCGCACACACGCGCACACACACAAACCUGAAUACACAGCAUGUGUGUGUAUCGCCCCAGUCAUAACACUGCAGAGCUCAGGGGACCAAAAUCGUUUUGACCUGAUAUUUUUCGUUUUCUUUUUUCAAUUCCAUAAUCUAUCUUAAAUUACACAACAUGCUCACACAUGAUGAUGUCUCACACCGGGUUGUGUGUUACCUCAUAUAGCUGCUUAUGUGUUGAUGUGACCAGAGCCUUUAAGGGAAGUAUGAGGAUGGGAAAAUACACUUUGAUGUCAUUCAGAUGAUCUUCUGAAUAACAUUAGCCUGUGUGAGGACUCUAUUUAUAUUUUGUCUACCCGCUCUGCUGUUAAAUUCAAUGCCCUUAUGAAUGUCUUAAAUAAAAACCAGAUCUAACCAGCCUCA